CCCUUCGACUCCCCACCCAUCUCCAUUCUUGCUAUUUGCACUCGCUUCGAGCAAAGCAUACAUUCCUGUAUACAACUCGAUAUUGCUCUCAAAGAUGUCGCAAAUGGAGCUUGACAUGCCGUCGCCCGUGCCUCAGUACGUUCACGCCUUCCCGAGCGCAUCGGCAACGACGCCAGCAUACAACUCCACAAACGCGUUCUUUCACACUCCUUCGAGCAUUCAGACACACAACGCGACUUGGUACGCUCCAUACACGCCCUCGCCGUCUUCGGCAUCGCGGAAGCGUCGACAGUCGGGUUAUGAUGAUGAAGAGCCCAUGACGCCCGUCGCUACCAGCUUCUCGAACAAGAGGGUCCUCAAGCCAGUUUCAUCCAGAUCCAGGUUUCAACCACAGCAGUUCACGAAUAUCGCUGCCGCGCGUCCAUCUUGGUUGACAGCACCGGAGCAUGGUUUGAUGCUCGAAGCCGCUGAUAUGGAUGUCGCGUACCCUACAGGCAAAGUGCAGCGCAUCCCGCACGCAGAGCUCCUCGAAAGCUUGUCAGCUUCUACUGGAUGCACAGUGUUGGUCUUGUGUUUCUGGAGCGGUGGGUGGGCUACUAGCACCGCCCUCGACGGCCCUGAACUCAUUUUCGCCAUGUCGAAGGCUCACACUGCCUUCCGCCGUCUCGACGCCCGCGUCUUCGCCGUUGGAACUGACUCGCCCUGGAUGCACCUUCGCUAUCUGUCUACGCUCCCGGUCAACGCCGUUACGCUUCCCAUCCUUUCGGACACGACGAGGACGAUGACAUUGAGCAUGGCUGCUAUGGAUCCUGGUUGUGGUACGAGGUGUAUGGACGCCAUCGUAUUGGUUGACAAGAAUGGCAGGAGGAGAGGGUUGGUUCCCUUCCUUCCUGGAAGUCGCGUCGAAGACGUUGUUGAGAAGGCUAAGGAGGGUGUUGAGUGGUUGAACGCCGAAUGAGUUAUGGCGCAACUCCUACAAUAUCUUGAUGAUAUGUGGCCACCGGAUGGGACCAAAGGAAAGGACAAUGGACACGGACAUGUGUGGGGAGUUUUCACUAUAUUGCAAUGAGAAGGCGGUUUCGUCUUCAACUGGGGUUUUCAUGGGGUAAGUAACAGGUAAGUAUCUAGG